CGAGCGGGGAGGUGGUGACGAGCUGCUCAAUGUUGCCAAAGUGACCACGAGUUUCUCACACCAUACCUGCAACAGCAUUCUUGAAUUUCCGAUGAACAUGCAUGAAAUUUGUUUGAUUUAUACAGUCAUGCAAUCCGCCCGCACGUCACUAGAAGGCUCAUUUUGAAAGGAAAAGCUCUGGGGAGAGUACCUAGUAAAAUGUUACUUAUUCAUCAUCAGUAGUUACAAUCGAAACUACAGGAUGCUUUAUCCUAUCGGGAGUUGUGUCAAUUAUGGUGCUCGUUAUCAUGUAAUAAACAUGGAAGAUCCCACUACGAGCCGGCGUUUUACUCCACCGUCCACCACAUUACAAGCAACGGGGAAAAUGAGCGAUGUGAGCGGGAUGGUCCCUCACCAGGAACCAGGGCCCGGAGUCGGAGCAGCCGCGACGGCGGCGGCGUUGAGCAGGUCUCUGAUCCGGCCUCAUGAGAACCGAACCAUGGUGGAUAUCAUUGCCGAUCACCCUGCAGAGUUAGUCCGAACUGACAGCCCCAAUUUCCUCUGCUCUAUCCUGCCGUCACACUGGAGGUGCAACAAAACCUUGCCUGUGGCAUUUAAGGUUGUCGCCCUGGGGGAUGUUGCUGACGGCACUGUGGUCACGGUCAUGGCCGGCAAUGAUGAGAAUUAUUCGGCCGAGCUCCGCAACGCCUCGGCGGUCAUGAAGAACCAAGUGGCUCGUUUCAACGAUUUACGCUUCGUGGGCCGGAGUGGAAGGGGUAAAAGUUUUACAAUGACAAUCACAGUAUUCACAAACCCACCCCAAGUGGCUACCUAUCACAGAGCUAUCAAGGUUACAGUGGAUGGACCCAGAGAACCUAGAAGACAUAGACAGAAACCUGAUGACCAGCCCAAAGUUGGAUUAUUCUCAGAACGUUUGAGUGAAUUGGAACGCCUUCGUCAAACUGCAGUGAGAGUGGGUGCUUCAACACAAAGUCCACGACCUUCUCUUAAUCCUACACCAGGUCCUUUCAGCCCUCAGACUGCAUCUCAGAUUGCAGACCCCAGGCAGGCCCAGUCGUCACCACCAUGGUCAUAUGAUCAGUCCUAUCCACCUUAUCUGAGUCAAAUAACUUCACCUUCCAUUCAUUCUACAACUCCUCUCUCCUCUGCCCGUGCCACAGGGCUUCCUGCAAUCACUCCUGAUGUGCCAAGACGACUUUCAGGUGCAACAGAUCUUGGUCCCUUCUCAGAUCCUCGGCAGUUUGGGCUUUCUUCGCUCACAGAAAGCCGCUUCUCCAACCCCCGAAUGCACUACCCAGCCGCCUUCACCUACACACCAACUCCAGUUACAACUGGCAUGUCUCUAGGUAUGUCCGCAGCUGCACACUAUCACACCUACUUGCCACCGCCUUAUCCUGGCUCAUCCCCUAACCAAAGUGGACACUUCCAAACCAGCAGUGCACCCUAUCUCUACUAUGGCACCUCUUCUGGAUCCUAUCAAUUCUCCAUGGUGGCAGGGGGAGAACGCUCGCCCUCCAGGAUGCUGCCACCUUGUACCAGUGCAUCAACUGGCAGUACACUGCUUAAUCCGAAUCUGCCCAACCAAAAUGAUGGUGUUGAUGCCGAUGGUAGCCAUAGCAAUUCUCCCACUGUGUUGUCUUCCACUGGAAGGAUCGAUGAGUCUGUCUGGAGGCCAUACUGAUCUUUUAAUUCUAUAAGAAUACAUAACAGCAGCUUGGAAAAGAACAUUAUCAUUUAAACAGUGCCUAUUGUACAGUUUUUAACUGGAAGAAAAUCUAAUGGUAUGACUGCUCAGUGAACUCGUACAGUAUUUCAGGACAUUUCUGUACAGUUCAACAUAUGCACAUGACUUGGGCUAUUUUUAAGUAACCCCAACCACCUCCUCCACUGAGAGAACUUAGCACCUUGUCCAAAUACAUGAAGCAAAGUCCUAAAUGCACAGCAAAGGAAACUUUGUUUCACAAAGGUGGGCCUUGCACAUAAUAUCUAAGAAGUGGCAGAGUGCAAAUUGCAGUAAUCAUUAAAGCAAUGUUGUGUGUGGCAAAGAAGUGGCUAAAAAUAAGGGAAAAAAGGACUCUAAGCUUGAAGAUGAAUAGUCCUAGAAGAUGUAGCUACCCACUUUAGCGUCUUUUUAUAAGUUGUCUAGGAGCAAAACUGGCUCACAAUUUGAGUUGUAUGCAUUUGGUUGCAACUGUGCAUAAAGGGCAGAAAUGUUCUUUUUUCUAAUACAUUUCUUGAGGAAUGCCCUUUAAAUGUAAAUAGACUGAAGUUUUUUUAGUAACCAUUUAUGUAAGCAUUUCUGUUAAUUGAAAGUUUACUGCAGAUUUCAAGAGGAGUUUCUGUUCUCUUGAAAUGGUUUUGUAUAUACUUACAACAAAAUUGUCUUUCAAUUUCAAAUGAGAUGUAUCCCAUCUGGCUUGGAGCUAUUUUAAUCCACUAUGUUCUUUAAUUUGAAUAUCGUUUACUUAUUAAUUGAAUGGCUCCUUGAUCCUGGCCUACAGACAUUAAAAUGGUAACGUCAACAUUGCCGUCAAUAUACUAUAGUAUCUGUAGUUGUCUGCAUACUUGAGAAACAAUGGCAAUAAUUUAUAUUAUUUUAAUAUUCAAACUCAUGGGUUACUUUAAUUAAAUGGCAAUUCCCCCCUAAAAUUAGAAUCCUCAAAUUAUUUAGUUACUAAAUAUUGAAUAUAGGAAUAUUCUUUGCAGUUCAUGCAAGGAGCAUUGGGAAUACUAUUUGUUAAUCACUCAUUCCACAUUAGUUAGGUUCCCUUAAAACUGAUAUAGUGUAUAUUUAUGUAUUAUUAUUGAAAGAACAUUUCUUUGAGGAUCAAACAGCAAUAUUUUAUUUAAAGGUAUAUAUUGGUCGAAAUAUCCUCACACAAUUGAUACUUGAAGAAUAUUGUCAAAGGGAUAUCCAAACAUGUUGCUGUGUAACAGCGCUAUACACCUUUACAUAUCCAAAGCUCUGUUUAUCAAUCUAAGGAUGAGAGCUUUCUUUUGGCUUUUGUUAUAAAUUUAACUCAUGUUUUCCAGAAUUUUGCUUAUAAUCCAAUAUGCUAAUCUAAUUAGGAUCGUUGGUGUUUUAUAACAGAAUCGGUGCAGUUAGGGGAAUACCUUGAAAUCAUGAAAUUAUUGCCUCUUAAAUAUUUUCAAAAGCCCUUUAAUCAGUGAAUUUAAAACGUACCUUACUAUUCAAUGCCAGCAGCCAAAAAGGCACGAUUUCAGAAUUAAUGUUUCCUUUAAACAAUCAGGUCCACAAUGUAAACAAAACAAAAGGCAGAAAGUACUGUUUAUGUUCUACUUAUUUUCCUUCACGGUGCAUAAUCGUGAAGGUGAUUUGAUGCCCAUUUCAAGUUUCUUUUAAGAAACAAUAAUUAGAUGGAAAGAUGUUUCGUACACUCACUCUACUUCAUACACAACUACAUCUGUAUAGGCAUAAGUUUGUGACUUUUUCCAUUUGAAUAUGAACGGCUCUGGUAAUAACGAGAAGGAAACACUUGCACGUAGUGAAAAUUUGAAGUGAAUGCAGUUGAAAACAUACAGCAGACCGUAGAUAUCAUGAAUAAUGAAUCAUAUUUUAAGCAGGAAUACCUUGUGGUUUGUGGCAUGAUUAUUUUGACAGAAAAGUGGCUACCAUUAAGGUAAUUAAUCUACUUUACACUCAGGCAAUGUCUAGAUUCUCGAUGAGCAGAAACUAAUUUUAGGCCAUUAAUUGUUAUUAUUGAAAUGUGGUUAACACUUAAAGUUUUAACUUAUAUAGCUAAAACCACCUUAGAAUUUAUUGGCGUUACAUCUUUAAGCAAAAUUAGUUUGUGUUCAAGUAGAAAUGAAUAACACAGCCAAAUAAUGACUUCACUUCAGAAGUACUUAAUUGACCAUAAAGCACUAAGGGAUGUCCUGAGGCUUGAAAGUUCUUUCCUUUUAUUAUCAUACCAAUGUAGAACCUGUAUUGAUUCAACUGAUAUGCUUGUGCAGAACCUGCCAUACAUUAAAGUAACCCAGGUACUUGAUAUGUUAAAAUUGCCAUGCCUAUAAAUCUUAGAAAGAUUACACAAAAAAAAUGUGUAUUCAGUCUUUGUAACUUUAAAAAAGCACAAAAUACAUGAGGUACAUGAAUGCAAUAUCUUAUCCUAAUGCUUCCUUAGUUUCAAAUGCUUCGUUCUAUUCUGAGACUAUUUUAUGUAAUAAAUAAAUGUCAAAUAUUUUUCAAUAUUUAGAUAUAGCAAGCUUUUUUUUUAAACUGUAACAUUUUCUUGUGUGAAGCAUGCUUUUGUGGACCCAAGGUUCUAUUUACAUUAAAGCUGGACAACUUUAUUGAUAUUAUUUAUUGCAAGUGGUAGCUUGAAGCAAACCACCAGUCUACAUUUAUAUAUCUGUACAGGUAAUGAGUUCGAUAGUUUUCAGCAGCAUUUAAAAAAGCAGGUGUCAGGUUACACAACUCAAGGUUGAAUUAAUCAAAUCUUACUGCCAGUGCAAGCUGUUACCUAUUUAAUAAGAGGUACUUUAUUUGUUUAAUGUAAUUUUUAUUGCUAAGGUGGAUUUUUAAACAUGUGUUUUUAUAUAAAAUGAUUUUUUUUAAACAUUCUUUGUUAGGAUGCGAUAUUUGUAGGGCUGCAGGCAGCAAUUUUGGAACAACGCUUAAGAUUUUAUACAGUCAAAAGCACAUCCAACUAGAUCCACUAUCCACCAGGUUGAUGCAACAAUUACUAGACAUUUGUGAUAUCAUGCAAAUUGUAUACAUGGAUUUUUUUCAUUCAGUGCGGAUUUUCACUCCAGGUGUGAACAUUUUGGUAGGAUUUCUGAUCUGUUAGUUUUCUCUGGUACUAACUGUUAACAUGAACUAGCAGAGAAUUACAGAGUAAUUUAAUGUGCAGAAGGGGACUAUGCAGCCGUGAUAAGAGCUAUUUAGAUGUAUCCUGUUUUCCAGUCUCCGUCAGUGGUCCUGUAGGCUGCUACUUAUCAAAUGUUCAUCAGGAUGAUGAACAUAAGAUGAGAGUUUCUGCCUCCACUACCCUUUCAGGCACUGUACCACAGACCUUCAUAAUAACAAUUAAAAGAACAUGUUUCAAAUUUCUUCUAAACUUUCUGCUAUUCACCCAUAAUCUAUGGCCCUGGUUUAUCAUGGGGUUAUGUGACACCUUAGGCGAUUCAAAUAUACAGUAGACUUCAUAGGAUUGCCAAAUACUUGAUUGAUUUACAUGGUGGCAGCAGAUAAGUCCAAGUUUAAUAAAAUAGCAAAAAAUAAUUGAUGGAAGCUUCAAUAAACUCUAAUAGGAUCAUGCAAUUACAAUGAAUAUUCUAUAUCUUGGAAUAUUACAUAGUUCCUUACUAUGCCAAUAUUUUGGAUUGGCACUGAAUAUUCAUCUCUCCAUUUUCCUUUUUCUUUGAUGAUGGUAAAUAAUGUUGUCAUUUAAUGCAAUAUCCUACUGUUCUAUUGACAAAAUAUUGAGUAGGAAUGAAAUAUUAUCAGAUACAAAAUGAAAACCUAGCAUGGGAAAAUCAAAACCCCAGAUUAAAGUGUAUCUGGUUUUGUCUUCGGAAAAGGCUAAUCUGCUUUCCUCCAGAAACUAGGAAUAGAAACAGGGGUUGCUGUUAUAGAGGCAGAAGCACUGAUUGAGAUAUUUGCUGUGUAGAGCAGUUCAUGUCAAUAAUUGAUGAGCACAGCUGUAUGCUUUGAAUGUUUCUAGUAUUUGGCAAUCAUACCACUAAUGUAACUGAUGGUAAAAAUAAGCUUGGGUUAUAGGUUUCAUGCUGAUUUGUUUCCAGUGAAAGCCAUGUUACAAUUUGUUAACCUAACAUUAUGAAAACAAUACUCUUAAUAAUGAAAGGCACAGUAGAGCUUAAACUAAAAUGACUGAAACAAGUCCAAGGUGAGCCUCAUCCAUCUCAGAUUUAGUCAUGUUAUCUUCAACUCUCGAUACUCUUAAUCACACAAAACUAUUUUUAGGAAUGUUAUAACAUUUUGAGAUUUAAAAAAAUCAAGCCUAUAAUUUAUCCCAUCAGAUAAAGCAU